GACAACCCAAAAAAUAUUGAGGUUCCACGGAAGGUUGAAAAGAACCAGUUUGUGAAAGAUACGGAUGAGAAAGAGGAAGUAAUUAUCACUAUCAAAAAUGAAAAUGAAAUCUUCAUUCAAAGACCUCUCGCCAUCAAUAAUUUAGCCGACAACCUCCAAAGCCAACAAACCAUCACUAACUUACAAGAGGAACGGGAUAAUCUAACUAGUCGCCUUACCCAAUUAAACCAAUUAUUAAAAGGGAGUGCUAUUAUCUUUGGUAAGCAACAGAACUACAUUAAUCAAUUAACUCACCAAUUACAACAAGAACAAAAUAAUAUUACUAAUUCAACUGAAUAUAAUGCUAACUUACGACAGGAUUUACUGACCUUAGCCCACACCAGAAAAGAAUUGCAAAACACAGCUUUUUAUACGGAGGAUACUCCGGCGGUGAAUGUCCUAAUUGAAGAGGUUAGGAAACUAUUUUUAACCAAAGGACGAAUGGAAAAUGAGCGGGAUGAUUAUCGUGAUAAAUGGGAUAAUUCCUUAGAAGAGUUAAAACAAAAGAAAGAAAUAAUAGAUGGAUUUGAAAGAGAAAGGGAAAGAUUAGAGAAUGAAAGAGAACAAUUAAAUAAUGUCUUACAAAAUCAAUUAAAUAAUUUAGGUGAUUAUAUACGAAAUUAA